AUCAUAUAAAAGUAAGUAUAAUUUUUCAAGAUGUCUGCGCCCAUGUUCUGAAAAUCAUCUGUUUUUCCUGCGUUAAAAAAAUUAAAACAAUGUUUGUUCCUGUAGAAAAACGAGACUGCUGUUAUAAAGAUUUCAUCUUAAUUUAUCCAGCAGUAUCUGUAGGAAAUGUUGCCCAGCUGACAGCAGACCUGCUGAUUUCCACAUUGACAAUGCAUCGAGCAGGUUAUAUACAGCAUCCAAGUAUUAUACCACUUGUUGGUGGCGAUCCAUUCGCUCAUCCAGAGGCUACUAACUGUAAAAUUGUAUCAUGUUGUGAAGUGUAUGAAAGCCAGGAACACAAAGUUGUCAUAAUACAACAGAGGUCUCCAUUUGUGCAGGGAAAGAGGGGUUUGUUUAGGAAAUGGUUAGUUCAGUGGAUCAAAGAAAACCAGUUCAGUAGAGUUGUCAUAGCAACCAGUAGUUCAGCAGAAGAAAGACUUGAUACACAAUUACAGGGGCCUCAGUUCAGGUUUGUUGCCUCGCCACAAAUUGAAAAGAUGUUUGGUGACAUGUUCCGCAAUUUCUAUGAAUGGGAAGAGUUAGAAAAACGACAGAGUUUUCCAGCGCCAUCUAUGUUAGAAGCAGGUGAAGACCAAGGGGGAGAACUGUACAUUCCUGGUGGUGGAGUUGCCAAAACUUUAUUUGAAGAUCUAUAUGAAGAUGUUCCUACAGCAAUAUGUUUGAUGUUCUGUGCUGAAGGUGAUAAUGUUGUAGAAGCAGUGGAGCUGGCUAACAGACUCAACAGAUGGCUUGGCCUCAUUCUCUUUCAUUCUCGGUCUAUAGGUGGAGCUGAUGAGGAAGCAGUGGUAAAAUAUACAAAGUGGAAAAUUCCUGUCUCCUGGAAGCUGUUUUAUGGAUCCAAAUUUGAUCAGACCUUGUAUCAUUGAUCAUUGUCUUGGGUGUUAACAUACAAAUGUCGUUUUGAAGAGGAAGAGUAAUUGAUGGGAAUUUCUUGAAGAUGUUGUUAAAUUCGUGCCAGAUCACUGUAUCAACAUUAUUUUGCUCACUUGAGGGGUGUUCUGAAAUCUGGUGUUAAGAUCUUAAGCAAGAAGUUCUUGGAACAGGUCUUGAUGUUUUUUUCUCUGAAUGUAUCACAAGGGUCUGAAGGGCAGAUCUAUGUUACCAUAGACUGUGCGAGUGUUUUGUUUGGAAGUUGUCAGUUAUUCACCAAACACAGUUUCUACAGAAAUGUUAAUAAUUUGAUAAGACAUAGAUCUGCUGAAGCUGCCAUGUUUCUCGGUCUGGUCGGGAUCUAUGCUGUUCGCUUUCAAAGCCAAUUAGAGAAACCGUUAACGAACAGCAUGGAUCCUGACCAGAUUACGCGUGUGUGCAGACUGGUCUGGAUCCAUGCUCGUCGCAAAGCAGCUAUGUUGGUUUUCUCAUGGUACGGCUCAUAUGAGUACAUACAUGUACAUACACGAGAGUUUUAAUGUUCUUUCUGUUUUGUAUCAUAGCUAUCCAUAUAUGGUAGUUCAGUAGGUACCUAGUUCCACAUUGCCAUACAAGCAGUUCAGUGAGUACUUAUGCUUUACAAAUGUGUAAAGCCCAGGUAAAAUAAACCAAUGCGAGAGCAGAAAAUCAAUAAAAUGCACUUCACUGUCUGCUGUUCCAGACAUGCUGGCAUACUUUCCUAUCCAACAGUGCGGUAACUAGCGUGGGGGUAUUUAAUACCUGCACACUUUUAGUUACCGCACCCUGCACUUAGAUUAUAUGAUUUACCUGCACUAAAUUUAAGAAAAAACACCGAGCGAUGAUACAAAUAUUCAAUAUAAUCCUGUUUGAAUAAAUUUUCUAUUUGCCUAUCAAAAACUAUUAUUCAUUGAACGUAAAACUUCACUUUUCCUAGUUGAAAAUUGAUCACUCACACCUUAACAGUCAAAAGAACUGCACCUUUUUAGUGUUUGACCAUGAUGUGUUCACAUUUUAAAAUAAUUCAAAACUUUGCUUUCUUUUCCACAUGUUUUUGUUAACAUGAUCUGUGUGCAGUUUGUAAUAUUGUACAGGAACAAAUGAACUGUGAUAAAUUUUUAUCAGUA